CUUCCAUCAAUGAAGAUGACCAGGGCAUCAUCCCACGAGCCAUGGCCGAGACCUUCAGGCUCAUCGAUGAGAAUGACCUGAUUGACUACACCAUCCGAGUGUCCUACCUGGAGGUGUACAAGGAGGAGUUUCGGGACUUGCUGCAGGUGGAUACAGCCAGCAGAGACAUCCAGAUCCGGGAAGAUGACAAGGGGAACAUCGUGCUCUGCGGUGUGAAGGAGUGUGAAGUGGAAGGGCUGGAUGAGGUGCUGAGCCUGCUGGAGAUGGGGAACACAGCCAAGCACGUGGCAACUACCCAGGUCAACAGUCAGUCCAGCCGCUCGCACACCGUCUUCACAGUGACCAUGGAACAGCGGCGCAAGGCUGGCUGCUUCCCCUUGCAUGAUGACCCCCCCACCGUCCCCGCCCUGGGCCAGGUCCUGUUUUCUAAAUUUAACUUUGUGGACCUGGCGGGCUCCGAGCGAAUUGUGAAGACGGGAAACACGGGGGAGAGGCUGAAGGAGAGUAUCCAGAUCAACAGUGGCCUCCUGGCCUUGGGCAACGUCAUCAGUGCCUUGGGAGACCCUCGGAGGAAGAGCAGCCACAUCCCCUACAGGGACUCCAAAAUUACCAGGAUCCUGAAGGACUCUCUGGGGGGGAAUGCCCAGACGGUGAUGAUAGCCUGUGUCAGCCCAUCCUCCUCCGACUUCGAUGAGAGCCUCAACACUCUGAAUUACGCCAGCCGUGCUCAAAACAUCCAGAACAAGGCCGUGGUGAACUGCCGCAAGGAGAUGGAGCCUGUUGAAGAGCUUCAGCUGCAGAUCAAGAACCUGCAGAAGGAGCUGGAACAGCGGGACCGCUCCGAGACCCGUAUCAUCAACCGCUCGGCCACCGCCAAACGAUGCGGGCCGGACCCCAUGGCUCGGCUGCUGGCAGAGUGUGCGCAUUACCGGACCUGCACCGACACUGCGUACCGGCUGCUGAUGGAGGGGCAGGAGGACGGUAACCUGACAGUGGAGCAGAUCCUGCGGAUUAAGGAGUGGAUGUGUGCAGUGGAGAGUGAGAGGAGCGAGCUGUCCUCGGCUGGGCUGGAUAGUGGCAUCGGUGUCGAGAGCACCUCGGCAGAGGACCAGAGCUCCGAGGCACAAGGCUCAAAGCUGCCAGAAGUCCAGGUAAUGGUGAACACUGAAAAGGUGUGUGAGUGCCUCAAAGAUGAGCAGGUGGCCAAACUGCAGAGGCAAGUGGAGUGCCUGGAGAAGGAGAACCGUGAUUUCCUGGCUGCCCUGGAAGAUGCUAUGGAGCAGUAUAAGCUGCAGAGUGACAAGUUGCAGGAGCAGCAGGAGAAAAUCUCAGAUUUAAACGUGCGCUUGGAGAUGGCAAUGGCAAGCAUGUAUGUGCCAGAACUGCUGGAAGACCUUCACCUGGUGGCUGCUGGCCAGAGACCUUACACGGCCCCGCUGGAUGCUGCCCCAUCCUACGGCCUCAGCGGGGUUCCCUUGGGGCUCCUUCCCGCCGAGCAGAGUGGAAGAGCCCUUUACAGGAAGCAGCUCAACAGCAACCCCUCCUCCCAGAAGGGGGACCUGGCAGAGUUGCACCUGAACCACGUGCAGUCCCUGACCAGCAAUGCAAAGAUCAAAGCCACGGUGCUGAGGAUGGAGCUUAGCCAGGACUCAGAGCCAGGAGAGCUGUCCUUGGGAGAAGAGGAGGAAGAGAAGGAGGAGGAGUGGGAACAAAAACGGUCCCUGUCCCAGCGCCGAAACUGUAACCAAAGCUGGUGCAAGAAAGAAACUUGCAAGUUGAGUGAGGAGCCAAGUGGAGGCAAUGGCCAUUCGAUUCAGGAGGAGCAGCUGGAGCUGUCAAAAGAGCUCUACAGGAGGCAGGAGCCACUGCUUAGUCUCCAGAAGCGCCUGCCGGGCAAGGAUUCUGAGUGGAGGCUGGCGCAAGCACAGCAGAAGAUCCGAGAGCUGGCGAUCAAUAUCCGUAUGAAGGAGGAGCUGAUCACAGAGCUCAUUAAGACAGGCAAGGAUGCCCAGGCUCUGAACAGGCAGUACUGCCAGAAGAUCAGCGAGCUGGAGCAGGAGGCAGAGCAGGUGCGGGCAGAGCUGAGCGACAGCCAGGAACAACUCCAGGAGCUGGAGGGCAAAGAGCCACGGGACCCUGGAGAGAAGCGCAAGCUGCAGGAGUACCGCACACGUCUGGCGGCCGCACAGAACAAGGCCCAGGUUCUGUGCAAGAAGAAGCAGGCAACAGAGAGGCUGAUAUUGCUGUCAGGCCAGAGCAAGAAGCGAGUGCAGGAGCUGGAGAAGAACAUUGAGCUGAUGCGGCAGCAACAGGGCCAGCUGCAGCACCGGCUGCAGGAGGAGAGAGAGCAGAAACGGCGGCUGGAGACGGAGGUGAAUAAGCGGCAGCACCAAGUCAAGGAACUGGAACUGAAGCAGAAGCAGCACCAGAAAAUCCUGCGCAUCAAAACAGAGGAAAUAGCAGCUUUCCAGAGGAAGCAGCGGAGCAGCAGCAACGGCUGCGUGAUCAGCCUGGAGCAGCAGCAGAAAAUUGAGGAACAGAAGAAGUGGCUGGACAUGGAGAUGGAUAAAGUUCUUGAGCAGCGCCAGGCCCUGGCUGAGCUGGAAGAUGAGCUGAGGAAGCGGGAAGCUAUCGUGGCCAAAAAGGAAGCCCUGCUGCAGGAGAAGAACGGCCUGGAGAACAAACGGCUGCGCUCCAGCCAGGCUCUGACAGAUGACAUAGUGCGUGUGUCCAGCCGCCUGGAGGACCUGGAGAAGGAGCUGACUGAGAAGAACGGGCAGCUGCGUCACGGCAGCCCCCACGACCAGCAGCAGAUCCGCCAGGAGAUCAACAGCCUGCGCCAGGAGAAAGACCAGCAGCUCAAACAGAGGCAGGAGCUCGACAGCAAGCUGCGCCAGGGCUCCCUGCUCUCUCCAGAGGAGGAACGGGUCUUGUUCCAGCUGGACGAGGCAAUCGAGGCUCUAGAUGCAGCCAUUGAGUACAAGAAUGAGUCCAUCACAUCCAGGCAGCGAGUCCUGCGGGCCUCAGCCAGCCAGCUGUCCCAGAGUGAGAUGAACCUCAUGGCCAAGCUCAGAUACCUCUCCUCCUCCGAGACCCAAGCUCUGCUCUGCAAGUACUUUGACAAGGUGGUGACGCUGCGAGAGGAGCAGCACAAGCAGCACAUUGCCUAUUCGGACCUGGAGAUGCAGCUGGAGGAGCAGCAGCAGCUGGUGCACUGGCUGGAGGCGGCUAUGGAGCGACAGCGCCUGGAGAUGGACCGUCAGCUCACCCUGCAGCAGAAGGAGCACGAGCAGAACAUGCAGUUACUGCUCCAGCAGAGCCAAGAGCACAUGGAUGAGGAGCUGGCCAGCAGCAAGCUGCAGUAUGAGGCAAGGAUUCAGCUGCUGGAAGAGGACCUGUGCCGUUAUAGGUGGGCAAACCAGGAGCUGAACCAGAAGCUGAGCAACAUGAAAAAAGGUGAGAGGAAACCCAGGCUGGGGACCCGCAAGGAAUCCAGCCCUGGGGAGCAGCCCGCGCCUCUGGCCGUUGGUGAAGAAAGUCACCGGGUCAGGGAUGAGAGCAGGGACCUUAUCCAUGCCUCUUUGCCAUCAACGUGGAGGCGUUCCUCCCUGCCCAACGACAGCCCUGGGAACCCUCGGCAGAGGGAUGCCGAGCACUUGGUGAGGGCGGGGCAGCCCCACAAGCUGCAGCAGCUAUGGAGCCUCCCUUCUGGCUCCAAGCCCCGCCGGGAGCUGCGCAAAGGCAGCGUGAACGUGACUCCAGCGCCUUAUCUCCCAGAAAGGAUAGACGUGAGGAAAAAUCCACUCUAG